AUGACUGCUCGUCCGUCUGUCAGCGUGUACUCCGCGUCGGAGGACAAGGUUGUGGGCACCUGCCCGCUGCCCGCCGUGUUCACUGCUCCCAUUCGUCACGACAUUGUGCAGUUUGUGCACACGAACAUGGCGAAGAAUUCACGCCAGGCGUACGCGGUGAACCGCCUCUCCGGGAUGAACCACUCCGCGGAGUCGUGGGGCACCGGCCGCGCUGUUGCUCGUAUCCCCCGCAUUGGUGGUGGUGGCACAAGCACGUCAGGCGCGGGUGCGUUCGGUAACAUGUGCCGUGGCGGCCGCAUGUUUGCCCCCACGAAGAUAUUCCGCCGCUGGCACCGCAAGAUCAACCUCCACCAGAAGCGCUUUGCCGUGGUGUCCGCCCUGGCCGCCUCAUCGGUGCCCGCGCUUGUGAUGUCCCGCGGACACAAGAUUGAGAACGUGGCAGAGGUGCCGCUGGUGGUGGAGGACGCCGUGCAGGGGUACGAGAAGACGAAGGAGGCGAUGGCAUUCCUCAAGGCGAUUGGUGCGGUCGACGAUGUGAACCGCGUGAAUGACUCCCGAGAGAUCCGCGCCGGCCGCGGCAAGAUGCGCAACCGCCGC